CCCCUCUUUAACACUGUCGCCCACCUGCAAAAUGCUCCCUCACUACCUCUUCUUCUGCGCUGCAGCGCUUCCACGCGCGCGCAACCUCCCAGGAUGAGGGAGUCCGACAGCCUGACGCUCGAGAAUGGACGCGUCCUGUCAUUUGCGAUAUACGGCUCACCCGUUCCCCACACCAGCGUCUUCUACUUUCAUUCCUUCGCUUCCUCGCGGAAAGAAGCGAAAAUCUGGCACACAGCUGCCGCGAAGCUGGGUGUACGCCUUGUCGCGCCUGACCGCCCGGGACUCGGCAAUUCAAGCUUCCAGCGGGGCCGCACGUUCCUGCACUGGCCGAAGGAUGUCAUCGCCCUUGCGGACCACCUUAAGAUCCGGACUUUCUAUGUUGUCGGCUGGAGCGGCGGUGGACCCUACGUGCUUGCUUGCGUGAAGAGCAUUCCGAAGGAUCGUCUUGCCGGCGCAGCAGUCGUCUCUGGAUUAUACCCGACCUCUCUUGGAACCGCCGGGAUGAUGUUGGGCCUGCGACUGAUGAUGCUGGCUGGACCAUGGAUGAACGGCGUCGUCAGCAUGGUUACCGACAUUGUGGUGGGCAAGGCUGCGCGCAACCCAGACCCAAAGGUCUACGAGGAAACCCUGGCGAAAGCAAUCGACGGCAGGCCCGAGGUCGACAAGCGAGCGAUGUUGGAUGAGAAGAAUUGGCCAGGUUUCUGCGAGGGCACAAGAGAAGGACUCCGACAAGGCGGCCAAGGCACGGCGGUAGAGAACAAACUCAAUGGUAGUGCCUGGGGCUUCGAACUUACAGAUUUGAAGACCGGCGAAGGUGGAAUACCCUUGACCCUCUGGCAUGGGACGGAGGACAUCAACUGCCCUGCUACGAUGACGAUGAAAGCGAAGGAGCUUCUGCCUGGCGCGAAGCUGAAUAUGAUGAAGGGCGAGGGUCACGUGAGCGUUGCGUUCAAUCACCAGGAAGAGAUACUGAGGGAGCUAAUUGGAUUAUUGGACUAAUGGGUAGUUGAUGUGGGCACCAUUUUGUGUCACAUCCAGUCAUGACGAUAAUGAUUGCGGCAUGAGCUUAUGAAAUCAGUUGUCUGUAUAGCUAUAGCGAUGUCCUGCGCCAGGCUGCUGACGC